GAAGCCAUAAAAAAAGGGAGUUGGAAAAAUCUGUUUUUUUUUUUUAGAAAAGUGACAACCAAACUAGACCAAACCAAACCUCCCUUUGACCUACCCUUUCUAUCUGUUUCUUGAAGCAAAUUUCUCUCAAUAUCUUCAAAUAUCACCAGCAUUUCAUUGUCCUUUCCUGUAAGAUGUCUUUAUUGUUGAAAAAACAAAAACUUGUCUACAACAACCAGUGUUUAUUGACACUCCAACUAUAGAUUCUUCCUAUUACAAACUUGCCAGCUGACAUUGUUGUUAUCUUUUCUAUUAUUCUAUACUUUGUUUUUGCUCAAAUAUGAGGGAUUGGAGAUGGGGUUCUCUUUUGCUUCUUCAUCUCGCUUUCUUCUUCGGAACUGAAGCCUUCAAAUUUCAUAAGACUCAACUUACUGAGAGAAUCUCAGGUAGUGCUGGUGAUGUCUUGGAAGAUGAUCCUGUUGGGAGGUUAAAAGUUUUUGUAUAUGAGCUUCCCAGCAAAUACAACAAGAAAAUUCUUCAGAAAGACCCACGAUGUCUCAGUCACAUGUUUGCUGCGGAGAUCUAUAUGCAUCGUUUCCUCUUAUCUAGCCCUGUACGAACCCUUAAUCCUGAGGAAGCUGAUUGGUUCUACACCCCUGUUUACACCACUUGUGAUCUGACACCUAAUGGUCUUCCUUUACCCUUCAAGUCACCACGAAUGAUGAGGAGUGCAAUACAACUUAUUGCUUCCAACUGGCCUUAUUGGAAUAGGACAGAGGGUGCUGAUCACUUCUUCAUUGUCCCACACGAUUUUGCUGCUUGUUUUCAUUAUCAAGAGGAAAAAGCUAUUGGGAGGGGAAUUCUUCCGUUGCUCCAGCGUUCAACUUUAGUUCAAACUUUUGGACAAAGAAAUCAUGUGUGUUUGAAGGUUGGUUCAAUUACAAUUCCUCCCUAUGCUCCUCCACAGAAAAUGCAAUCCCACUUCAUCCCUCCAGAUAUUCCGCGAUCCAUCUUUGUUUACUUCCGUGGCUUGUUCUAUGAUGUAGGAAAUGAUCCAGAAGGUGGUUAUUAUGCGAGAGGUGCCCGAGCAGCAGUGUGGGAGAAUUUUAAGGACAAUCCUCUCUUUGAUAUUUCCACUGAACAUCCAACUACCUACUACGAGGACAUGCAGCGAGCCAUCUUUUGCUUGUGCCCACUUGGGUGGGCACCAUGGAGUCCAAGAUUGGUUGAAGCAGUUAUAUUUGGAUGCAUCCCUGUUAUCAUUGCAGAUGAUAUUGUCUUGCCAUUUGCUGAUGCAAUCCCCUGGGAAGAGAUUGGUGUUUUUGUAGCCGAGAAGGACGUUCCAAAUUUGGAUACUAUUCUCACUUCUAUUCCACCAGAGGAAAUAUUGAGGAAGCAGAGAUUGCUUGCCAACCCUUCAAUGAAGCAGGCUAUGUUGUUUCCACAACCUGCUCAAUCAGGUGAUGCUUUCCAUCAAAUUUUGAAUGGACUUGCUCGUAAACUGCCACACGACAGGAGCGUUUACUUGAGUCCUGGGGAGAAGAUCUUAAACUGGACUGCUGGUCCAGUUGGUGACCUAAAACCUUGGUAGAAACUGAUAUUGGAGAUGACUGCAAUCACUAAAUCUUGGCUUUCAACCUUAAUUCCACGUCAAAGGUGUGGAAUUAACGUGAAGUGUAAAUCUUAAGCAUAUAGUUUCUUCAAUAAAGUAAAGAAUCUUUUGUUGAUAACAACAUCGAGAUGAUGCAACAUUUUACAAAAUCUUAAGCUGGAGGGUUUGCUGUAGAUCUGGAAGACUACACAUUCAUUUUUGGAGCUGUAUGGUUUGUUAUACAAACAGCUAUGUUGGUUCCGGAGUGUUCACUGUAGUCAUGUGUGCCACUAACAUUGUGUUAUAAACUCAUUACACGUUGUAUUACUUCCCCAUUAAGUGUCAUAAUACCAAGCUAUGUUACAACCUAUAAAAAAAAAUGCCAACCGAUGGUCAGGGAUGUUACAAAUUCA